CCAUUACCUUGAAAGAAAAAAGAAAAAAUUAAAGAAUCCUCCAAUAAAAAAAAUGCAAAAUUCCGUAGAUGCUGCAUUCUGUUCAUCUAAAGAGAAUGAAUGUUACGUGUUUGUGAAAAAUAAGUAUGUGGUUGUGAAUUAUGCCCCUGGAGGCAAAAAGAACCAAAUAAUUAAGGGUCCGGAUAAUAUUACUGAUGGGUUUCCGAUGUUUGUUAAUACGGUGUUUCAGUGGAAAAUAGAUAGUUCCUUUGACACCGAAGACAAUUUGGCAUACUUAUUCUCUGGAGAUCAAUGUGUGAAGAUAGACUACUCUCCAAAUUCACCAGAAAAUGCCAGAUUACUUGAAGGUCCAGGUCCAAUUAUUGCCAUGUUUCCUUGUCUCAAGGGAACCAUAUUUGAAAAUGGAAUAGAUGCUGCAGCGAGGCAUAACACUGAUCACUGCGCUUCCUUAUUCAAAGGAGAUGAGUGUUGCGUCAUUAAUUUUCGAUCCAAUAAACUAUUUCUCAGUACUCAAAAGAUUACCAUAUAUUUCCCACUAUUUCUUGGAACUGUCUUUGAAGGGGGUAUUGAUGCAGCUUUUAAUUUUAACCCUGUUAAUCGUGACGUUUACUUUUUCAAAGGACGAUACUAUGCACAUAUCAACUUAGGAAACGGCUUUCCUACGCGUCUGUUUAUAAAUGGUUACAUAAAGCUAAUAAGGGAUGAAUGGCCCGCCCUUCGAAGCAUAUUAUAAUAUGCUAGAUCUAAUCGUACAUCACUCUAGAAAGAAAAGAAAAAAAGAAUUGGCGACAAAACUUGAAUGUUCUUUAUUAUUAUUUUGUUCUUUUCUAGUAGUGGGUACAUGAGGUCAAUAUUGCUGUUUAACUUUUGCACCUUAAUUUCAUGUCUUGCUUGUUUUGGUUGUUGUCCAAUUCUGGGAGCAUGACUUCUGGUUCUGUCUUGCUCAGUUUGGUUUGGGGUUUCUCCUCGUUGGUGGUUCCCUUUGCUCGUGGUUUGUUUUUCUGGUUCUUUGCUUGUUGUGGUUCUUACCUUUCUCUUGUAAUGUUACUCUUUCUCUGUUUUAGCAUAGGUGUUUGAUAUCGAGUACUUCUCAAUCGUUGUAUUAAUUGUACUCUUUUGUUUUCUAUAUAAUAUAUAUUUGUCAUUCAAAAUAAAAUGUAAGCGA